AAUGGCUCCUCCAUGAGCUAGCUACUUCCUCUUGUGGUAGUGACAGUCUGCGUUGUCUUGUCCACCGAGUUUCCAUUUGCUGCUAUUGCUAAACCCAACUCAAAUCAUAUUUCAUAAUUGAUAUUACCCCUUCCCCUUUCUUUUUUCCAUCCAAUAAUUCCCCCUUAAUGGCUACCCUCCCACAAUGCUAACCCUCUCCGUGCCCAAAGCGCCACGCACAAACUGAAAGCACCACAACCAGAAGCUGAAGCAGAGCGAGCGAGCGAGUUCACAUGGGAUUGGGAACAACCGCGGCGAGAAGCAGGAGGAGAAUAAUCAUCACCAUCACCCAAGCUUCCGCUUCCGCUUCCGCUCCCACCGCACACAACGGAGAUGGAGGAGCAUCGCGUCGCCGCAGCGGAACGAUCCUUCCAGACGUGCUACUCCGGCGAGGCGCGCCACGCCCUCGACCUCCUCCCUGACUGCUUCACCAUCACCGACCCCUCCCUCCCCGGCCACCCCAUCGUCUUCGCCAGCCCCGCCUUCCUCAAGCUCACCGGCUACACGCGCCGCGAGGUCCUCGGCCGCACCGCCGCCCUUUUCCAGGGCCCCCACACUUCCCGCGCCUCCCUCCUCCAAAUCCGCGAAGCCGUCAGAGCCGAACGAACCGCGCAACUCGUUUUGCUCAAUUACCGCAAAGACGGCACGCCCUUUUGGAUGCUCUUCCGCGUCUCCCCCGUCUUCGGCCACCUCUCCGGCGCCGUCGUCCACUUCCUCGCCGUCCAGGUCCCCCUCCUCCGCCACCACGCCUCCUCCCCCGUCCGCGACUUCGCCUUCCGCUGCUGCCGCAAGGAAGUCUGCGCCGACUCCUUAUCCGAACUCAAUCGCGUUUCUUCCUUCGACCAAGUGCUCGAAGAUCGUGAUGUCAGAGAGGUGGAGAGAGAAGAGCCGUGUGAGGCGAAUGAGGAGGAGAAGCGGAGUGCGGUUACUGCCAUGGAGAAUGUCUUUUCUGUGCUGACCCAUUACAGUGAGGUCACGGGGAGAUUGGUGUGCAGUAAGAGGUGCAGCACUCCUGACGUGGGUCUUUUAAGCACUUCCUUGAUUAUUUCUCUUGGUAGAAUCAAACAAAGCUUUGUAUUAACUAAUCCGCGGUUACCGGACAUGCCUAUUGUUUAUGCUAGUGAUGCCUUCUUGAAAUUGACAGGUUAUGGAAGAGAUGAAGUUUUGGGGCGCAACUGUAGAUUUUUAGGUGGAACUGAUACUGAUACCUCGACUUUACAUCUGAUAAGGGAAAACAUAAGAACUGAACAACCAUGCACAGUACGUAUUUUGAAUUACAGGAAGGACAAAAGCUCAUUUUGGAAUUUUCUUCAUAUCUCACCCGUUCGUGAUGGUUCUGGGAAGGUUGCAUACUUUGUGGGAGUUCAAAUAGAAGACGACUAUAAAAACGAGGAUGGCCAGUGUUUGAGUCCUGAGAAGAGGCAGCUUAGCGUUGUUGGUGUAGUCAAGGUUGCAGUGAGGAGUUUAUCAAUGUCUGCGGGAUCUUCGAAGUCUUAGUCAAAAGGAUCACGUGAAUUCUUUCCAUAUAAUAUGCCUACUUCCCAAAAAUAUAAUCUAUUCCGAAAAAAUGAUCAAUCUCAACUGGUGAUUGUUGAGAUGAUAGAAAGGUCAAAAACUAAUUUGUGAACAAAAAGAAAUCCGCAUUCUCAAUUGUAAGAAAACAAUCUGCAUUGAAAGUCUAUAAAUAAAAUGUGUUAUAUUUUCAAGGACUGAUUUGAAAGGAA